AUUGAUCACGCUAAACGGGUGACAAUGUAGACGCCGUUUGACGCAACACAUGCAAAAUCAAUUGACAGUUGAUAUACAGUUCGCCAAUCUUGCUGCAAUUCAACUCAAGUGCUGUUCAAGAAUGCAAUCACUCAAUACCAGCAAGCAGACAGCUAUGAAUGAGCUUUUCUUAACAGCAAGGCCAGAUCUUUUUGGCGCUGGCGGUGUCGGCGGCGGCGGCGGCUCCGAUGGGUCUUUCCAACACCUACCUGCCCCCUCCGCCUUCCCCUCCACCUGAGACCUACCUGCCACCCACCACCCCCUCCCCUCCGCCUGAGACCUACCUGCCACCCACCACCCCCUCCCCGGAGUACCUGCCGCCCCCUCCGAGCAACGAGUACCUGCCGCCACCUGAGAAGGAGUACCUGCCACCACCAGCGGACGACCUGGGUCAGGCGGAGGGUGGAAUUAUCGCCGACGCUCCGGUGGACAACUCCCUGAGCGAGCUGUCCGGACAGGACGGCGGACAGGACGGCGGAGAGAGUGCCGGGGGACAGAGUGCCGGUGGACAGAGUGUCGGAGGAGCAGGAAACUUCGACGACGGCCAAUACCACCCGGAACAGUACAACAGCGGCAAAUACGACCCCAACGCUGGCAAAUUCACCGGAGACGACGGCCAGUACCACCCGGAGAAGAUUGAGUUCCCUCCCAUCGAGGACUUUGAGUUCGCCUACGCCGUCAAGGACAAGGAUUCGGGCAACGACUUCGGUCUGUCGGAGACCAACAAGGGCGGCGUCUACAGGGUCCUGCUCCCCGACGGUCGGAUACAGAUUGUACAAUUCGUCAUCGACAGCAGAGGAAUCUACCGGAGUAGGAUCACCUAUCUUCAGCCGGAGGACUCCCAGUGAGCGACCCUGCUUUGCUGCCAUCUAUCGGCAAAAACUCGAACUUGUACCUGCACUAGCAGCCGGCGCUGCGCCGCUGGGCCACUGCCGGCGGGUUAGGGACGCUCGGGUCCGCACCCACGCCGUGGAGUGGGGGAGCGGGAGGAACCCGUCUCUGGAUCCGAGGAGUCUCUCGAACCGAAUGAGUGGGCGCAGGUCGUCGCUGAGCGGUCUCAUCAGUAUGCCUCCUGUGAGCUCUCGUCUGGACAGUGGGGGCAGCGCGGAGUGAGAAUAUAACUUAUAGGGCUGCUGCACGGCGCGAGAGAGUGCCGUCGUGCUCGACAGAGUGUCAUCAGUUAUGGGAUUGGCUGUAACUGGGAGGGGAUAGGAGCGAGUCUCUGCUCCCCGCCAAACUCAAGGCUCCGGGUGACGGGCCAGCCAGCGGCACAUGUCUGCAGAGUAGCAUCACGGGCAUAAUCGUUCGAAUUAUUGCAAAACAAAAGCCACAGGUGAAUCAAGUAAACAGCGACGUGUUGAAUUAGCAUCAACCAAUGCCGAAUGAAGAAAGUCUGGAGAUUAACAAUGCAAUGACGCAAAUCAACGACAUUAAUCCAGCUCAUCAAACAAUGCGCGGGUACGGCCUAGGGUAUGGAAUGUGUCAACGUGCCAUGUUCGUACGCGCCAUAAAUGUGCUUGUUUGUGUAAAAAUGUUAAACGAUUGCUACAGGCAAGGUCAGCCAUUCUAAUGGCAUCAGCUGUUGGCUUUGGUAAAAAAAGCAGCAAGAAGAGAAAGAAAUGCUAUUGUUUUAGAGAGAGAGAGAGAGAGAGAGAGAGAGAGAGAGAGAGAGAGAGAGAGAGAGAGAGAGAGAGAGAGAGAGAGAGAGAGAGAGAGAGAGAGAGAGAGAGAGAGAGAGAGAGAGAGAGAGAGAGAGAGAGAGGAGAGAGAGAGAGAGAGAGAGGGAGCACAUGUAGUGUCUCUCAGAAGCUUGUGAUUAUGCACAAAGUGAGCUUAAUACAUUCCUAUCCAUACCACUGUAUUUGGCUUCUUGGAGGCUUGCAUGCAUAUUGUAUACCCAGGAACACUUGUCAGAUUGUGACGCUCGUCGAUCUCGCAGGGUCGCUCUUCGAUCUAUGUAUGUUGUAUAGGAGAUUGGGGUCAACUGCGCCGCAUUGUAACAAAUGUAAAAAGUAAAUAAACAAUUUCUUCUUCUGU